CAAGCAGCUCAGCUCACACUCCAACUGCUCCCGUACAUCUUCCUCAGCUCGAGCUCACAGCGACCCACCGACCCAGCUCCUCCACCACCCAUGGCGGACCGCGUCCACCCCGCGCCGCUGCUUCCGGUCUCCACCCCUCCGCCGGACACCAACCCCGAAACGUCCGCGGAGACCGCGCCGCUGCGCCCCCCGACGACGGCACCGCCAUCGCCAUCGCCACCGCUGGCGCCGCCGCCGGGCACGUCGUACAUCGUGCACGUGCCCAAGGACCAGGUGCUCCGCGUGCCGCCCCCGGACCGCGCGAGCAGGUACACCAAGCUCGCCGCGCGCCCGGCCAGGCGCCGCCUCCUCCGCCGCGCCUGCUGCGGCGCCUGCGGCGCGCUCCUCCUCCUGCUCGUCCUCGCCGCAGCCUUCGUCGGCGCGGCCUACCUCGUCUUCCGGCCCCGGGCGCCCGCCUUCUCCGUCGCCUCCCUCUCCCUCGACGCCGCCGCCCUCCUCCUCGGCGGCGGCUCGCCCGUGCGGAUCGACGCCGCCGUGCGCGCGGACAACGGCGCCAACCGCAAGGUCGGGGUCGACUACCGCGGCGGCGGCGAGGUCGCCGUCUCCUACUCCGGCGUCCGGCUCGCCGAGGGCCGCUGGCCGGCCUUCUACCAGGCGCCGCGGAACGUGACGGUGGUGGCGAUGCCGCUGGCGGGCGGGGGGAGCGGCGGCGUGGCGCUGCUCACGGAAGAGCAGAGGGCGAGCCUGCUGGUGGAGGCGGAGGCGGGCGCCGUGCCGCUCACGGUGGAGGCGAGGGUGCCCGUGCGGGUCAGGCUCGGCAAGGUGCUGCGGACGUGGACGGUCGACGUCUGGGCGCGCUGCGAGGUGACGGUCGACAAGCUGGCCGGCCAGGCGGCGGCCGCCAACAAGGGGUGCACGGUCAAGGUCAAGCCGCUCUGGUGGUGGUGGUGAUACUGGAUGCCUCACUGCCUGGUGAUCGAUCGCCUAUUCGCCGGCGUGGCAUCACGCCAUGCGCCGGCGUCGAGGUUAAUUGAUCGAUCCUUACUACUUGUACAUGUGCACUGCAUUGAUUCGUGUGAUCUGGAGGCACUUCUUGGAUGGAUCAUGGAUGUAAAAUGCAAUUGGAGACUUGGAGUUGUACAUAACAACUGAGUACGUAUAUAUCAGCAGAUCGAGCAUUCUGAUCA